AUGGAAAUAAAAGUUGACGUGCACACCGUGCAUCCAAUUUCACCAGACAAGAAGAAUGACCAGUCUACCAAAGGACCCCACGAGUCCUGGGGUACUCCGGAUACAACGCCUAUACGUAAUAUGUUAGUUGAUAUUUCAUAUCAAUACCCCUACUAUUUAUUAGGAUACCCUACUAUUGAAUUAUUCGUUUUCAGUAUAAAAAAGACGCCAUCUAAACAAGAACUCUACAAUGAACUGAGGAGUAAUAUCCAGGAUUCAAAUCAAAACAGGAGGUCACUCUUUCCAAUACAACAAGUGAGAUUAUUCAACAAUUCCCCCAAAAAAGUGGGAAUACAGGAGUGUAUCACUGAACUGGAAGAAAUUCAGAGUCCUCAAUCAGAAUGCAAUAAAGGUUUACCCGAGGUUCCAAACAAGACGAUUCAAGUCAUAGAGACUCCACAAAGCCCAGUACCGUCUUCUCCAUCGAGAGAAAAGAAAUGCAAAGGCUUGAGAUUACCGGCUUUACUGGAUCCAUUCAUACCAAUAGAUCCACAAGGUCGAGCCUAUAUAUUAUGGCUUCUUCUGGUGACAUUCUGCUACAGCUACAAUGCGUGGUGUGUCGCUCUCCGCGCCACCUUCCCUUAUCAGACACCCGAGAAUACUGCUAUAUGGAUGAUGGCUGACUACCUCUGUGACGCGGUGUACAUGUUAGACUUAGUGCUGGUCAAACCAAGGCUUAUGUUCCUUCACGAAGGCUUCUGGGUUGACGAUCCAGUUGAAACCAGGAAGAAUUAUCGCAGGAAAUUGCAAUACAAGUUCGACGUGAUAUCGCUUCUGCCGCUAGAUAUAUUAUACAUAUAUUACGGUCCGCAAAAAGUUAUUCUCAGAUUACCGAGGGUACUGAAGCUGCAAACGUUUUGGGAGUUCCACCAGGCUAUGGAUCGGGUCUUAUCAUCUCCGUACAUCGUCCGUAUCGGCAAGACUCUGUUCUAUAUCUUCUAUUUGAUACAUCUGAACGCCUGUGCUUAUUACGCUAUGAGUGACUACAUAGGACUCGCCUCCAACGGCUGGGUGUACGACAACCAGGGAAAUGCUUACAUUCGCUGUUUCUACUUCGCUACCAAAACUGCUACUUCCAUCGGUAAAAAUCCUAAACCUGAAAACACUAUGGAGUAUCUGUAUAUGACUGCUGCCUGGUUGAUGGGUGUCUUCGUGUUCGCGUUACUGAUAGGACAGAUAAGAGACAUUAUAGCUACAGCGACUAGAGCCAGGUCAGAGUAUCGUAAGACAGUUGAUGGUUGUACUCGCUACCUUCGUCGUCUCAACAUGCCUCUACCGCUGCAAAGACGCGUCACUUGCUGGUUUAGCUACACCUGGAAUCAGCAGCGCUGCUUCGAUGAACCAAGCAUUUUGAAUUCACUUCCUUACAACAUGAAACGCGACGUGGCGCUCGAGGUGCACAUCAAUAUAUUAAGCAAGGUGCAGUUAUUCCGUGAUUGUUCGUCGUCUCUCCUAAGAGACCUGGUGCUACAACUGCGGCCCGUGUCCUGUCUGCCCGGAGACGUGUUAGUGAGGCGCGGAGACGUGGGGCAUGACAUGUAUAUAAUCAAGUGUGGGGAGUGCUGCGUAAUGUCUCCAGGAGAGACGGAGGUCCUCGCCACAUUAAGAGCCGGCUCUGUGUUCGGUGAGAUCAGUCUACUAGGGAUCGACGGGUUGAGGAGACGAACAGCUACCGUCAGGUCCCGCGGAUAUUCGAGUCUAUUCGCUCUAUCCAGAAGUGAUCUAGAGGCCGCGUUGAAAUAUCAUAAAGAAGCCGCUCAGAUACUGAGACUGAGAGCCGAUCAGAUUAUACGAGAGAACGCGGCGAGGAUCGUACAGAAAAGGAUAGAACAGAAGAUGGAGGGCAGGAGGAGCGAGGAGGGGAGGAGGAGGAGCCUGGCCAGCGGAGGGGGUGGCGGUGGAGGGAAGGGCGCGAGGGGAGGGGGCGCGCGGAGGAGACUGUCCGCUGUGUCCGCGAGUAAGAACGUGCCGCGUGGACGGACGCCUCUACCGACCAUCGUGUUAUCCAGAGAAUAA